CGAAUUAUUCACUUCCUUCAUCAGAGUUUUUGCCCUUCACUCAUCCCGUCUUCCUUCAACAUAUUCGCACCGCUCCCUCGCAUACGACUAUAUCCUUCCUGCAUUUUCGGACGUUACCACACCGUACAUCUCAAGACAGACCCAGAUAUCGGUAUGUCUACUGAAGGAGGACCUUUCGUCGAUCCGGCGAGUUCAGCUUUCGACCCCCAUUCACAGCCCAUCACGCUGUUUUACCCCGGUGGCACGAACAUCACGAUCCCUCUUACGGUGUACAACUUCCACAAGAUGAAAUCCCUGGAAUGGAGCAUCAUGUUCGCGGUUCAGAUCGGGGCCUGUGGGAUCCUCCUCGUUCUUUUGACCGUUCUCACCAACGCAAAGAAGAGACGGACUUUCCUUCAUGUCUGCAACUUGUUCGCUCUGGUUGCGACGAUCGUUCGGGCCUCGCUCUCGCUAUGCUAUUAUCUCGGUCCCUUCUUCGACACAUACACCUUCUUCUCCGGCGAUUUUACGAACUUUCCGUACACGCCGCGAUAUGUCUCCGUGGCAUCAACAGUCACCGGAUUGCUGCUGCAGAUCGUCAUUCACAUCUCGCUGAUCAUCCAAGUGAGAGUGGUUUAUACAUCCCCCAAGGCGAACCUAAUGAUCACUCUCUUGGCGACCGCAAUUGCACUGGUUUCGGUGUCCUUCUUCGCUGUGGUUACGGUUCAAAGCGGGAUGGCGACGAUAUCGUUGACGGCCUACCCUGGAGGAUGGACAUAUACCGCCGCUAAAGCGAUGUUUGCGGCUUCAAUCUGCUUCUACUGCCUGAUAUUCGUCCUGAAGUUGGGUUACGCCAUCUACCAACGACGUGUUCUCAAACUUCCGAGGUUCGGACCUAUCCAGAUCAUCUUCACCAUUGGAUGCCAGACUAUGGUCCUUCCCGCCAUCUUCUCGCUCAUGGACGCCGUCCUCCCGAAUAUCGAUGGGCUCUCGCAGCUCACACCAGCUCUGGUCGCCAUUCUGCUCCCGCUAUCGGGCAUGUGGGCCGCAGCACGGGUCGAUACUCCGCAAUCAAGUCUCGCAACUGGGUGCGGUCCUUACAACGGCAUCUUCAGCGACAACAAGACGGACUACUACGACCAUCAAGCUCCCGGCACGAACCUCAGCAAUCUCACAUAUAAAGAAGGUCACGAAUCAUUCAUCAAGGCCGACGACAGUACCGAUAUCGAGAGCUCUCCUAACUCCCGGUGCGAAGGCACCAGCUAUCCUCACUAGUAGUAUCGAUUAUCCUGGGUGUUCUGCUGUCUCCUGUGCAUCUAUGAGUGUAUGAUCGCUUGGUGUUUAUCUUGUAUUGAUGGGACUCGGGAGUAUUUUUGGGGAGCUGCGGGACGGUUAUAUCCACGUCUCAUUUCUUCAACAGCAUAAUGGGGGUUAAUUUGUUUGCACAUGUUGUUUUUUGGCCUUUUUUCUUUCGUGUUAUGUGAGGGGGUGUGUCUGCUCUUUGUACGUGUCCUCGGGGUUUCAUGUGGGCGUUGCUAUGUCUAUGAUACUUUUGGUGGGUCCUCUGGUCG